CUACUCUUCAUUUACCUCUCUCUCCUGUUUGCCGAAGCAAAGCACUGCGCGCCUGCAAGACGAGUGAGCACAGAAAGACGAAAACUCGGUUCCAACGGGAAUGGACGACUACACGAGGCAGAUGAUGGACCUCAAGACCCUCGUCACCCGCACCCUUGAGAAGAAGGGCGUACUCGCCAAGAUCCGGGCUGAACUCAGAGCAAGUGUGUUUGAGGCAAUUGAAGAGGAGGAUCGGGUAAUUGAACAAGAAGAAGGUUUGCCUCCUGCAUUACUUGGUAGCUGCAAUGAUCGUGCAAAACAUCUUCAUUCGUCGCCAUCAGGAAGGCUACUUACUGCUCUUAUAUGUGAAUACUUGGACUGGGCGCAACUAAAUCACACACUAAAGGUUUAUUUGCCGGAGUGUAAUUUGCAAAAGGAUUCUUGGAAAACUGAUUUGCAAGAAUUUAGUAGCAAGAAUGGAUAUGAUCUCAACAGAAAUGGUGAUGGUGGUCCGUUGCUUUUGGAUGUGCUUGAAGGAUUCUUGAAGUUUGAGAAUCUAUCUCAAGCAAGAGGUACUGGAAGAAGAAUAACUACUCCAGAAGCUGAGUCCUUAUCCAAUUUAGAGUCCAGGAACAAUCGGAGGCCUUCUUCAUCUUCUGUUGCUGGGGGCCUACCUCCACUGGGAAGGCCUAUUCCUACUUCCCAGGCAUCUGAUCGUAGAGGAGGUUCCUCGAUGUCUGGUUACAGGAAGGAUGACUAUAAUUGGAGAUAUGACAGUGACGAGCUCCCAGAGGAUGUAAUUCGAGCUUCAGCUGCCUUGGAGAACCUUCAGUUGGAUAGAAAGGCUCGAAAUCUUACUACAUCUUGGCGAUAAAAAAGGUAUUAGGGGAAAUGCUCACAUUGUUGCUGUGUGGAAAAUGAUUCCCCUCUGCAUUAUGUGGUGUUUGUGGAUGGAGAGAUAUAAGAGGUGUUUUGAAGACCGGGAGCGUUCCUUGGAUGAGCUGAAGAGAUUUUUUUAUAGUACUUUGUUUUCUUGGUCUUCGGUCAUUAGUUGUAAAGAGGACAGGUUUCAUGAUCUGUUUGUAUCCCUCACUAGUGUUUAAUGGUACUUAGGCAUUUUUUGUGUAUACUUCCUGUAUACUUGGGCUAUGCCUAUUACCAUCAAUAAAGUUUUACUU